GUGUCAAAUGGAAUGUGAUAAUACGUGUUAUUAUUUUGGUUCAAGUUCUUUGUUUACAAGAUACUCAAUUGAAAAGAGCAGAUAUAUUUUUGGUGUAUACGAACAACGGGUGUAUAUUGAAUUUUGGGAUAUGGAUCGUCGGAAUAAUAAUAAUAAUAAUAGACCGUCGGUGGCGGCAGCAGCAACAACGGUGGCAAUUGGAGCGGCCGUUGGAUAUGGUGCAUAUAAGUUAUUUGAAUCGUUCUUUGGUUCAAAUGAACCGCAACAAAAUCAACCAAAUAGAAACGACGAUCAAAUUCUAUAUCAACGGCCCCAGCAAAUUUCCCGAAAUCAAUUUGGGGAAAUUUAUGUGGUCAACACGGUUGAAGAGUGUCGAUAUUCUAUGAGACAACUCAAAACGCAUUGUGACGAAUAUAAUGUGCUUGGUUUUGAUUGCGAAUGGGUUUCGCAUCAGGGAAUCGGCCGUUCACCAGUUGCUCUUCUUCAAUUAUCCACCCAUCGUGGACUGUGUGUUCUCAUUCGCCUAUGGAAAUUGCGAUACACUCCGCCUGAACUAGAAGAGAUAUUAGAAGACAGUGACAUCGUGAAGGUCGGCGUGGCCCCCUACACAGACGCUAAGUACUUGAAAGAUGACUACGGUGUUCACGUUGCAAGUACGCUUGAUUUAAGGUUCAUGGCCACUGCUGCCCGAUGCACACCAGGUGGAUUGAAGAAGAUGGCGAAAGAUUAUUUAGGAAUUCCCCUCGAUAAAUCAACGCAAUGUUCAGAUUGGGAAGCGCCAACGUUAAGUCGCCCACAAAUUGAAUAUGCGGCACUAGAUGUCCACGUUGCUAUUCAAUUAUUCAAAUAUUUUGCUAGAGAAAUUGCACCUGGACAAAAUUCCAAGGACAUCAUUGAUCAUCUUUCUCGGUAUAUCAAUCAAAAUUAUGGCCCGCAAAGGAAUUGGGUCGAACUAAACUAAAGUUGAUAUUCCCAACGUAAUUUACUUUCGGCCAAAGGUUUAGCCCCCUUUUACAAUUUUUUAUAUUUUUGAAAAUCUUCGCCAUAUAUGGAGAGCAAAUUGUAAAUGCUAAUAUGAAUAAAAUCGAUAAAAAAAACUCAAUUGUUUGCCCACGAAUCCACUGUUAACGGGUUUUAUAACAACAAAAUUCUAUCCAGUUCGCACAAAUUGAAACGCUAAUUUUUCCAAAUAAAGAAUUUUCUGAAAUAUGUACGUA